AUGGCACAGAUAACACCACCACCACCACCACCAGUCAAUGUAGCGGGUGCUCCCCCCAACCACAAUGUUCCUCUUGUUGAUGAAGCUCAAGUCAAUGAGAGUCGGCAGGAGCAGAGGGCGAGAACCGAGGCGGUAGCUUCGGACAACCACCCUCAUCGUACACAAAACGAACAGGCCAAAUCCAGCCGCAAACUCACAGUAGAAAACAUGAUAGCCAGAGGAGACCUAGUAGAUUGUCUCUGGCCGAAGGAGUAUACAAGGCCUAGGGAAGUUAAUCCUUGGAAAGUGGAAGGUAGUCAAGUAAAGCUCAUUCAUGCAAUACAUGGAAAAUUAGAGGAAGACCAAGAGUCAGAAGAGGUGUACUACUCCAGAUUGAGGGUUGUUCAUAAGCUAAGGAAGUUGUCCUCAUUAAAUACCAUCACUUUGGGCAGUAUUAGUAUCGAAUUCGGAGAGGAAGAUUUAUCCAGAAUGCAACUUCCCCAUGAAGAUCCACUCGUUAUUAGUCUUCUGGUAGUAAACUGCAUGAUUAAAAGAGUCUUAGUGGACCCUGGCAGCAGUGCCAAUAUUAUAACAAAGGCAGUCUUUGAGCAGUUAAAAAUCCCAUCAUCAUCAAUCCGAGCCACUUCUAGUCCUUUGAUGGGAUUCAGUGGAACAAAAGUAGACCCUGUUGGGGUAAUCGAUUUAUCAGUCACUGCUGCGAAAAGGACAUUGAAAGAAAACUUUGUUUUGACAGAAAUACAUCUUUCUUACAAUCUUAUUAUGGGAAGAGGUUGGAUUCACUGA